UCAGGCAGCAACGUUGUCGACAACGACGAGUUUAGGCUACCCAAAGCACAACGGCACGGCAACGAUAACGUCUACCAACCGGGCACAGCGCAACACGGUCGUAUAUAGCAAUACGAAAAGCAAACAUACACACACACUUAUACAUACACUAGCGUGAGCACAGUGAACGCGCAGUCUGUCGCUGAAAUAAAAGAAAAGCGAGGCGACAACGAAGUGAACCACAAAAGGGAAAUGAAGAUAAAACGAGGAAAAAAAUUCUGUCGAUUUUUGUUCGUCGCUGGCGUAAACUGAAAAACUUGAAAUUGAAUCGAAAAUAAAUUUGUAGUCGGUGGUGUAAAGGAGGUGAUUUUGACGAUUUAGUGAAGUUUUUCAAUUGCAAAGGAAUCACUUUUGACGUAUUUUGAAUUGAGGAUCUAUCUAAAUCGGCAGGGGAUUGACCAGUGGGCUCACAAUAUUUAUUACAAUCAUCUUCUCCACAGCCAUUACGACUCAUCCACCACCACAAAUAACGUUGUCAUUAUCACUACCACAACUGCGAGUGUGGUACCAAUACCAGCAACUAGCAACCACCAGUGUAACCACUGCUGUGCUAACCAACAUUGCCAUCGAUCGAUCCAUCUGCCAACAAUAGCGAUAGUAGCGGAAGAAAUAGCAACGGGUAUAUACAUUUUGAAGAAUAUUCGUUCGAGAACGUCAACGUGAUCGUCACCAUAAACGCAGCAGCUGUUUUCGAUAUGACAACCAACAAGGACACUGCGUCGUUCUUCGAGAAUGGCACUACGCAUCAAUUCGAAUAUUGCUACAAACUUUACCCACAAGUGCUGAAGCUAAAAGCAGAAAAGCGCAAUAAAAAACCACAAGAGCUUAUACGUUUGGACGAAUGGUAUCAAAAUGAGUUACCGAAAUUGAUAAAAGCACGAGGGAAGGAUGCACAUAUGGUAUAUGAUGAGCUGGUGCAGACCAUGAAAUGGAAACAGUCGCGUGGAAAAUUUUAUCCGCAACUUUCGUACCUGGUGAAGGUAAAUACCCCGCGCGCUGUUAUGCAGGAAACAAAGAAGGCUUUCCGUAAGCUGCCUAAUCUCGAACAGGCCAUUACGGCACUGUCAAAUCUAAAAGGAGUCGGCACUACCAUGGCAUCAGCGCUUUUGGCAGCUGCUGCACCUGACUCGGCACCAUUCAUGGCUGAUGAGUGCCUCAUGGCCAUUCCAGAGAUCGAGGGUAUCGAUUAUACUACCAAGGAGUACCUCAAUUUUGUUCAGCACAUAUAUACUACUGUCGAACGCCUGAAUGUUGAGGCUGGCGGUGAAACUCCGUUUUGGUCGCCACAUCGAGUAGAAUUGGCACUGUGGGCACACUAUGUAGCCAAUGAUUUGAGUCCGGAGCUUUUGGAUGAAAUGCCCGGGCCAGGUGCUGGUGGUGGUGCCAAUAUUAAUGGUAGCACAGUAAAGGUGGCAGCACAUGCAGCCGAAGUUCUUAGUGGUGAAGCUGAGGAUACCAACGAUGGCGAAGAAGAGAGCUUAGGUGCAGCUGAAAAUAACCACAAUAACGAUGCACCCGUCAUUACGACAGCGACCACUUCCUUGCAGGAUGGCGAUUCUAACUUCGUUUCAAAUGACUCCACCUCACAAGAGCCCAAUAUCGAUGAGAACACCACCCAGACCACAGCUACAACUUCAACCGAUGAUGGCGAAGUAGGUACACCACUCGCUUCAGAUUCAGAAAGCAAUUUGGAGGCACCAGAAAAGGCUAAACUUAAACAUAAUAGCAGCAGCAGCAAUAAUCCAAACACAAAUAGUAACAGUGAGAUUGUAGGCAUCGGCCACAGCGACAUCAGACAGAAAGAUGUGGUUGCUGCGGUAGUAGGAAAUGAAAAUAGAAAUGGGAAUGGUAAUGGUACUUUAGUGUCUUUGGGUGCACCUGGUAGUGAUGGAGAAAACAGCAGUUGCCUGCGUUCCACAGGCAUUGAAGAUGCUAGUGAGGAAGACGACGUUGACGCUGAGGAUGAUAGCAGCAACAGUAAUAGUCGCCACAUUGGCCAGAGCCACAAGUCAAUAACGCCCCUGUUUGGUGGUAACUUGAACGAUGGUACAAAUUACACCACGACCAACGCCAGCGAUUCCAAUAAUGAUUCCACGCUUAGCAGUGCCGCCGGAGGUGUUGUGGCGCAGAAGCGAACAUUACAAUGUAACGAAGGUGGUAGCGAAGUCGAUGGAAUAGCGGAGGAAGCACACAGUCAACCAGAGCUGAAGAAAAUUCGGAGUGAAUAAGUUAGAAAAAAAAGUUAAAAACGCAGGAAAAAGUUUACGUAUAAACUAAAGGGAAUAGGCGGUUUAACUAGAGCGUAAUUAAAAGGUAAAAUAUAUAGAGAGCGACGCGAGAUCCGGUGGGCAGGUUAAAAGACACAUACAUACCUAACAACAAUAACAAUACAUAUAAUAUACCGCAGAAGAAGGUGUCGGAACAGCGUGUGUAGCAUUGCAGGAUCACAUUCAUUCUUUAUCAUUAAGUAAAAUUUUUACGGAUAACAUCUUAACAAAGAAAAUAAAAAAAUACUAGAAUGUAACAAGAGAGUAUGUAGAAGAAAAGUGGUUGAAUGAAAAAUGCAAAGGAAAAUAUUACAGAGCGUUAAACGUCAAAUCGCAAUAAGUACCAUUCAUACAAAUGUUAAAGUAGAGCCCAAACAUGCAGCGUUAAAAAAAUGCUGCCAUGUACUAGUAACAAAUGCCUUGAACCCACUCAUUGAACAAAACACACACAGCACAGAUACAACGUAAUAGAUACAGCGUUUUCUGGCUGGCCUAACGCUUAACUUCCAGCUCCAGGAUGAGCAACUGCUGCCGUCUGCUUUUUUUUUUCAUUUUGCUGUACGCUUUUAAUUUCCUUUUAAUUCACUUUUUAUUCUUGUUUUGUAUUUUGUACUUUUUUCUUUGCACUGUUCGAACUAUUUUUCAACAAAUAAGGAGAAAGCAAAAUUAGCAUUUUCCUGAAAAUAAAAUUAUAAGUUAGUUUAAUAACAAUUUCUACAUAGUUUAUAAUUAAAGAAUAUUUAUUUCUGCAUUUUUGUCCCAUAAAAGAAAGAUUCAAUUCAAAAGAGAAUAUCUUAUUAAAGAACUAGCGAAAAUCAUUACGUACA